ACCCCGUGACGUAGGAGGGAGAGCGUUGAGCCGAGAGAGCAAAGCAGCUUUAAUUGCAGGGCAGAGAGAAAAGCCAGCGAUGGCUUCGCUCAGCCAGGAGCACCACUACGGGCUGUCCUGCGGACAAAAUAACAAAAACAGCCCCAACAGGACGCUGUACCAUGUCAAGCUCACGGACACGGCUAUCAGGGCGCUGGAGGCGUACCAGAAACUCAAGAUCUCUUUACCAAGUGAGCCAGCCAUUUGUUUCAAAGGAAACCAAGGGUACAUCAAGAUCCCUGCUCCAACACCAGAGUCACCUUCUGCGCUCCGCGUCUUUUCCUUUUACUUAUCCAGCGACAGCAAAGACCAACCUCAAGCCAGCUUUGACUGCAUCCAUCAAUAUGUUUCAAGCGACGGCCGUGAGCAGCUGGAAGGUCAAGGCACCAUCCAGGACAAGAUCACGGUGUGCGCCACCGACGACUCCUACCAGAUGACCCGCGAGAGGAUGUCUCAGGUGGAGAAGGACAGCUGGAGCCGCUCUGCCAUCGAGAUCAAACCCGGGGCCACACAUCCAACAAAAUGUGUCAAGCUCCACAAGAGGCCAGCUCCUCUGUCUGCACCAGACACCAGCGUCCACAAGCAGUCCACCAACAACAGGAAGAACGGCGGCAUGGCCACGCCGACCCAGAAGCCCUUGAGGGAGCGCAUCAUCCACCUCCUAGCUCUCAAGCCCUACAGGAAACCAGAGCUGCUGCUGUGGCUGGAGAGAGAAAGAGCCGGCCCGAAGGACAAGACCGAGCUGGGCGCUAUGCUGGAGGAGGUGGCAAGAGUGAAUCCCAAAGACAGCAGCUACCUGCUGAGGGAUGAGUUCUACAAGCAUGUGCAGAGGGACUGGCCCGGCUACAGCGAGGAGGAGAGGCAGCACGUCAGCAGGAUGCUGGCCAGGAAGUUGCAGCCACACGUUGGACAUCAACCAAGGAAUCUUCAAGCAAAUGUGUCCGUGCUAAAGACGUCUGAGGAUACGACACUACAGCACAGCACAGCAAAGAAUCCUGCAGUGAAACGUCCUGUGCCUUUUGACUUAUUGGAAAAGCCAACUGUUAAGAGACAAAGACCUGCGGACCAAAAGUUGCACCAGCGGCCCCCGGUGAACGGACUGUUAAACAAUAAAGGACACGACGCUGCAGCUCCGAUGCUCAGCCCCGGUUUCCUCACAAAGACGGAGUUUCAACGGACAAGUAACCACACUAGUGACCAAGGCGGCUCGCCAGGGGGCCACGGCGGCUUUCCUGUAACGCACAAGCUGAGGAGCGCCUCCGACACACACGUCUCAGCGGAGAGCACAGAUCAAGAAGCCAAAGCGAGCAGCCAGCAGCCACCGCAGAGGGACUCUGACUGCGCCCACCUGCAGCUCGACAACGGCCAGCACAGAAAGAAGAAAUCUAAAAAGCACAAAGACAAGGAGCGGGAGCGGUUGAAAGACAACAAGGGCACGGAAUGGUUAGAGACGAGUCCUGAUCUUAAGCAGAACCUGGACCAUCAUGACCAUCCUGACAUCACAAAUGCUGUGGCCUCUGAGGAGAAGCCGGAUUAUGUGCUAACGUAUGACACCAUCGUGAGUUUGGAGCAACGUGGGAGGUACCAGGAGGAUUUCUGUGCAGAGUAUGAUGAAUACAAAGACCUGCACUCCCGGAUCGCCACCAUAACUCACAUGUUCGUUCAGUUAGGAUCCAAGAUCAAAAGCUUGUCCCCUGGCACACAAGAAUAUAAGAUAAUGGAAGACCAGAUUCUUGAAAAGUACAACAAGUAUCGAAAGAAGUUCCCCGGCUACCGGGAAGAGAAGAAACGCUGCGAAUAUCUCCACGAGAAACUGUCCUACAUCAAACAGCUAAUCAAGGACUACGACGUCUCUCAUGCUUCUUCAUAGCAUCGGCUCUCCCCUUCAUCAGAUUUUUUUUAUGGAACGCUCUUCUUUGAAAUAGAAAUUGCCCUAAUGGUUUUUGCGACGUUGUUAAAACCAGUGACAGUGUAUGCCAAUUCAAUGGUAAUAUUUAAGAUUGUAGUAAAUAUUAUAUAAUUGUUUUUGUUACACACAUUGUCAAACAUUGCUCUUGGCAGUGUUCUCCUUUCCAUUUUUAUAGAUUUAAAGACAUGCAGUGUCAUUUUUAAAUUCCAUAACAAAGCGGCCUCAUUAUUGACUGAAGCAGACCAGUGUAAAAAAAAAAACUGAAAUAUUUGAAGCCUUCAUGUCUUCUGAUAUAAAUGUGGGAGGUCAUUCUACUUGCCACUUAACGUCUCCGGCAUUUAUCCUGGAUCAAGACCGGUUUAAUGCCGUUGCUGCUGUUGCAUCAAGAUAUUUAAUCAAUAUUUUAAAUAGGAAACAAGUGAAGUCAUUUUAGUGAUUGGCAGAAAAAAAUAUUUUAAGUUAUAUAUAUAUAUAAAGUGACAAAUUAAAAAUGAGGAUGUUUUUGCAAUACAGCCAUUAAGGGUCUUGUACUUUCUCUUGUACUUUUUCAAAUUGGCUUGAAAUGUUAAGAUUUAGUUUAUGCAAUCUCCCAAAUGCACUUGUGUGUGUAAAGUAUUUAUUCACCAUACCCCUUUCUUUCGAGUGACUGGUAACGGGACCAACCUGCUUGGCCUUGAUGACAGUCUCAAUCAUUUGGUUGAAGGACUAUUUCCUCGCCGAAUGCUUGUCGGGCCCCCUAUUUAAUUCACAGUAUUCUAACCCACUGCAUAGAAGUGUCUUUUUCUCUUUCCAAGCACUACUGAUCUAUUUAAUCUUAAACCACCUGCCUUUUAUUCUGCGCUGUUUGUCUCUUCAGCUUCUCAGGUCUGAUUGAAGUGUUUGUGUGUUUCAAGCAGCCGGGUCGGCGAGCAGUUCCCGAGGUUUGCCCAGCUGUGUCUGUCCUGACACAGUUAUGGAGAGUGAAUGGGGUUAUAGUAAAGAGGUGCGGUACUGUUUAAAUUACUAGCCUGGAAGGUUUAUUUGCUUCGGUUUCCAGUUAAUAAUCCUUGUCCAUUCGAUUUUGUUCUUGCACUAAACCCAGUCUGAAAUGGGGGGGGCAGCAGACCAGCUUAACUUCCUUGCAGAUUGUAAGUGUUCCUUGUGGUUUUUGUUCAGAAUGUUAUCAUGCAGUCAAUGACACAAAAAGCCUUAAUGUUCCACUUUUAUAGUACAAAAUCAUCAAAAGGAGAUCAAAUCCACACACAUAUGUAGUCUGCCUUAUAUUACUGUUCGGUGUCUUAGCCAUUCCUCUGUUCAAAUGGAUGCCAGUAGUUGCUCUCCCACCAAAUGAAUAGUACUGAAAUUAAAAGGAGGUGUUUCAUAAUGUGAUUUAAAACAAAAAAAAAUCGAAUGCACAGUAUGAUUGGCUGUGACAGCGUUGCUCAUUCAUCAGUUGCAUUUGGAAACCUGGUACUGUUUUUAAUAGAGAUUUUCAGUUAUUUAUGAUUAGGAAUAUGACUUUGGUUUAUUCUGCGGCUGGUGUUUGUGUUGACAUGCUAUCUGACUUAGCUAUAAGCACAUGGAGAAGCUUCAUUGGAUGAUCAUACAGUGAUUCCGGCUAUAUUUUAAGCAGACAAAGAAAACCUUGUUAAAAUACUAAAUCCCAAACAUCUUGUGGGUGGUAAUUAUUAGGAGGCGUCAAGGAGGGAACCGGUCAAGUAGUUGAUUAAAGACCACAUUUAUCUGUGGGUUAUUUGAUUUUGAUGGAGACCAUAAUUGUACGUGGCUUGUGUGCGUAGGAUGAAUACAUCAAUGGUCAGACGGAACAUGUCUUUCAAAAUCACUAAAUGAGUUUUAUUUAUCCGUACUGUCUUGAUCACAAGCUGCAACAAAAAAAAAAGGUUCAUGAAGUGUUUUUUUUUUUUGGACAGACUAUUUACAAGGCACCUCUACUGCAGAGUAAGUGUUUUGUUGUUGUACUACUAUACCUGCUGAAGGGAACGCCUGAUCUUGGUCACAGGAGUCAGAGAAGAGAAUAUAUGUUUUAUGAACUACAUUUUACAGAUGUCUUUUUCUUUUUUGUGCAAAUUUCAAAGGAAUAAAAACAUCAAUGUCA